AUGGCCCGUCUCUCAGGACUCCAGAAGGAGGUAUUGGCACUCUACAGGAACUGCCUUAGGGAGAGUCGAAAGAAGCCACAGGCUACCCGUCCACAUUUUGAGAGCUUUGCCAGAAAUGAGUUUCAUCGAAACUUGGCCAUAGAUAAGCGUGACUUUGCUGCUAUUGAGUUCCUCCUAAGAAAAGGACGACGUCAACUUGAGUCCUAUGGAUCACCCGGCAUCAAAGACAUCAAAUAA